UUCAGCUAGGACUUGAAGAGGGAGGGGAUUUCCCUGACAGAGGGGAAGUAGCAUAGCACAAGUGUGGAAGGCUGUUGUACACAAAGGAAGCAGAACCUGGAAUUUAAAAUCGGCCCUAGAGAGACACACCACCUUUGUUGUACCUUACAAUGGAAUUUAAAAAGUCACCUGAUGGUGGAUGGGGCUGGGUGAUUGUGGCUGUCUCCUUCUUCACUCAGUUCCUGUGUUAUGGCUCCCCACUGGCUGUUGGAGUGUUGUAUGUAGAAUGGUUGGAUGCCUUUGGUGAAGGGAAAGGAAAAACAGCUUGGGUCGGAUCUCUGGCAAGUGGAGUUGGAUUGCUUGCAAGUCCAGUCUGUAGUGUCUGUGUCUCAUCCUUCGGAGCAAGACCUGUUACAAUCUUCAGUGGCUUCAUGGUGGCUGGAGGCUUGAUGCUGAGCAGUUUUGCCCCUAAUAUCUACUUCCUGUUCUUUUCCUAUGGCAUUGUUGUAGGUCUCGGAUGUGGUUUAUUAUACACUGCAACAGUGACUAUUACGUGUCAGUAUUUUGACAGCCGCCGAGGUCUUGCACUUGGCCUGAUUUCAACAGGUUCAAGUGUUGGCCUUUUUAUUUAUGCUGCUCUGCAGAGGAUGCUGAUUGAGUUCUAUGGGCUAGAUGGAUGCCUUCUGAUUGUGGGUGCUUUAGCUUUAAAUAUAUUAGCCUGUGGAAGUCUGAUGAGACCCCUCCAGACCUCUGGCUGUCCCUUACCUGAAAAAACAGCUAUGGAAAAUAUACCAGAUAAAUACUCCAUUUACAAUGAAAAAGAAAAGAACUUGGAAGAAAACAUAAACAUUCUUGACAAGAACUAUAGUAGUGAGGAAAAAUGCAAGAAUACUUUGACCAAUGGUGACUGGAAACAGGAGAUACUAUUUUAUAAAACCUCUUCAUCCAUGGCACACACAAAAGAGCCAGAAACAUACAAAAAGAAAGUUGCAGAACAAACAUAUUUUUGCAAACAGUUUGCCAAGAGGAAGUGGCAAUUAUAUAAAGUCUACUGUGGUGAAACUGUGUCUCUUUUUAAAAACAAAGUCUUCGCAGCCCUUUUCAUAGCGAUCUUUCUUUUUGACAUUGGAGGCUUUCCACCUUCAUUACUUAUGGAAGAUGUAGCAAGAAGUUCAAACGUGAAAGAAGAGGAAUUUGUUAUGCCUCUAAUUUCCAUCUUGGGAAUUAUGACAGCAGUUGGUAAACUCCUUUUAGGAAUACUGGCAGACUUCAAGUGGAUAAAUACCUUAUAUCUUUAUGUUGCUACUUUAAUAAUGAUGGGCCUGGCCUUGUGUGCAAUUCCAUUUGCCAAAAGUUACGUCACCUUGGCUGUACUUUCUGGGAUCAUGGGCUUUCUGACUGGUAAUUGGUCCAUCUUCCCAUAUGUGACUACGAAGACUGUGGGAAUUGAAAAAUUGGCCCAUGCCUAUGGAAUAUUAAUGUUCUUUGCUGGACUCGGGAAUAGCCUUGGACCACCAAUUGUUGGUUGGUUUUAUGACUGGACCCAGACUUACGACAUAGCAUUUUAUUUCAGUGGAUUCUGUGUCCUGCUGGGAGGUUUUAUUCUGCUUUUGACAUCUCUUCCCUGUUGGGCCGCAUGCAACAAGCAACUCCCUAAGCCAAGCCCAACAACAUUUUUGUACAAAGUCGCCUCUAAUGUCUAGAGGAAUAUUGGAAGGCACUGUUUUAUACCAUAGAACAAAACAUUCUCAAGCAAAUUCUCUAGAGUCACGACUGUUUUCUUAUAGCAAAAUUUCUCUGUGGCUGAUUCUAAAUGAAAGACUUUUUAAAAAAAUCUUAAUUUUUAUGUACUGUAGGUAUAGCCGCUAUCCCUUAGAUAUUCCCCCCAUCCCCCGCAAGAAAUGAGACGAUUCUGUUUUACUGUACUUCAUCACUCUUUAACAUUGUAAGAUUUUGACUACCCUCAGAUGACUUUAUUCUGUGUACAGAAAUAAGGAUUUGCUGCUGACUCUGUAAGUGCCACUGCAAGGCUGAAACUCCACAGGGUCUCUUCUGCUCUAACACUGAUGUAAGCCUCCCCAUAGGCUAAAUGGAAGAGCCCCUUGGGAGGAAUCACUCUGUGUUAGACUCGUUCAUCAGCAGGAGACCUCAAGCCCUGACAUUUCCAGAAAUAAGAGUGGUUAUGAAAACAUUCUUAAGGCUUGCAGUGGAGCAAACUGAUCACUUUAUAUAAAGGCAGUUUAAAUGGCCAUCCUCAGUUUUCAUUCUGCUUUUUGUCGUUGCAUGAAGCACCCAAGUGUGUUUGGGGUACACAGAGCACAAACUGUUUCAAUUCCUAAGGAGUUGGCCUAGAUGUAGGCAGAACUCCAAACAGAGGAGUAGCCAGGCUGUCUUUCUUCCUGGUAUGCCACUAGACCCUUGCUUACUUGUGCUUGUCAGCGGUCACUCAGCUGAUGUUUCCCAGAAGUGCUGAUUUUAACCAUUUCCAACGUGGAAAUGCACUUUUUUUUUCUCCAACCAUUCCAUUUGGCAAAUGGGAAACUCCAUUUGCUUUGGGCACAGUGGGGAUGGAUGAGGAGUCCUUGACUAUCUUUUUGAUGGAGCAUAUAUUUGCUACUGUCAGAUUUUACUACUAUCAAAAUUUCUUUCAGGAGCAAAAGUAAAGAGUAAAUGGUGUGUGUGUGUGUGUGUGUGUGUGUGUGUGUAUGUGUGUAUGUGUGUGUGUGUAUGUGUGUGUGUGUGUGUGUGUGUGUGUGUGUGCAUAUGUUUACGGGGAAAGCAUAACUUCAUGUAAGCUUAAGGAUCAUAUCCUAGGAAGAGAACUAUAUUUACUAUAUUGACAGAUUUUUUUCCCUAGAGGAAUGGGUUUUAAACUUUGGUAUAUAUAUACCUAUGUGUGUGUGUGUGUGUGUGUGUGUGUGUGUGUAUCAGAGUUCUAUGUAUACUUAAAAAAAAAUAUAUAUAUAUAUAUUUGGGUGCCUGGAUUUAGAAGUUUCCAGCUAAAAAAAUGUAGGCUAUAAUCAAGGACCUAUCAAUCUGUAUGUGUCAGUAUUGGGUUUAAACUCAGGGCCUCACACUAAGCAAAAAAAUGCUUAGCAUUUUUGCUCAAGGCUGGUGCUCUACCACUUGAGCCAUACCUCCAGUUCUACAAAUCUAUAUUUUUAACAAGCUCAAAGUGAUUCUGAUAAUAUUGCCUAGGUUAAGAAUGGCUAUUAUAGGCGUGGUAAUAGAGAGACUUGGGUAUAGCCCAGUGGCUUAGCACUUGCCUAACAUGUGUGAGGUCCUGGGUUCACUUGCCAUCCAUGUGCACACAUGCAAAGAAUGGCAAUAAAACAACAUUUAUUAAAAAAAAUAAACCAUGGGGUUAGGGUUUUAUAAACAGCUAAGUUCUCUUUAGGCAGGACACCUUCCCAUUGUGCCAAAAUUAUCUUUUCAUUUCUUUUGAAAUAAAUCGUUUUUAUACUACUCUGCUGCCUUUCUUCAAAGGCACCAGAAGCACUUUAUUAGCAUGAAGCCUCACAACACCUGUGUGAAGAAAUGAGUAGGACUUUCUCGUGUGGAGAAGACCUGGAGCAGUUACCUUGCUCACGAAUGCAAUAAUGGGAUUCCAAGGCACCUUGGAUUUCUUCUCCAUACUCCAGACUUCUGGAAAGAUUUCUGUACCUCAUUCUUUAGUUACUGUCAAAGUUAGGAAAUAAAUGACAUGUAAAAGAAAAAGUCUACUUGUUCUUUUUAUGCCUCAAGAGUCCUUUUACGUCAAUAUUAUGUUUAAGAUAUUAAGUAACCUGAAAGAAAUGGAAGUUUUUGACAUCACCACAUUCAUCCAUUGUGAUAAUUGUCGAAGUGUAUCUUUACUAUGUCUACUAAUAUCACCAGAUGUGUGCACUCUCUUGUCUAGGGAAUGAGUUUUAAGUUCCAAUAAAGUAUUUUUGUUUGCGUUGUGUCA